GCCUUCCGUUUCCAUUGCAGACAAAAGUCCCCGCGGUCUCUUUCCGUUCACUCUCGUCCAUCAACUCGGGACCACCUUCGGGGACUUCCCCCAUUAAAUUCACAGUAGUCGCUCUACAUUUUUUUCUUUCUUCUUUGUUUUCUGGUCUAGGUUUUUUUUCUGUCGCUCUUCUCUCUGCCAUGGAGUUGAAUUCGAAUUCACCGUCGCUGCUUGCUGGAAGAGAGAUCCAUGGCUUCGACACACUAGCAGAUUUGGACAUAGAAAGAUUGAUGAAAGAGGCCCAGCACAGGUGGUUCCGACCAAAUGAAGUUCAUGCAAUAUUGAGCAAUUACGGAUACUUUAAGAUUCAGCCGCAACCAGUUGACAGGCCUAAAAGUGGCACUGUUCUACUGUUUGAUCGUAAAGUGCUGAGGAACUUCCGUAAAGAUGGCUAUAACUGGAGGAAGAAAAAGGACGGAAAAAAUGUUCAAGAGGCCCAUGAAAAAUUGAAAAUUGGUAACGAAGAAAGAGUCCAUGUUUACUAUGCAAGGAGUGAUGACGACCCUAGCUUUUACCGCAGAAGUUUUUGGCUUCUCGAUAAGAAUUUGGAGCGCAUUGUUUUAGUACAUUAUCGUCAAACUUUGGAGGAGUCUAUUAUUCCCAACCCUCAAGCAUUGGAAUCUACCGGCCCUAUUCCCUACAAUAACAUGAGGAACUCUCCAGUAACACCGAUAAAUUCAAACUCUGGUUCAGCUCAUUCAGACCUGUCUGGUUCUGCAGUUCAUUCAGAAGAAAUAAACUCUGGAGAGGCGCAAGCUAUUUACUCUGGUUCAGGUUUAUACCCAGUCAAUGAACAUGUUCAAACUCAGAAUAAUAACUUUGACUGGGGUGAUCUUGAAGAGCCGUAUAUUGGCGUAGGUUCACAUACGGAAGGUCAGCAUCUGCAAUAUGAGCUGUUAAAUUCCCCAAAUAAUGGUAGUUUCCUUUCAUCACAAGGGGUAACUUCUUCUGAGCAUUCAAGUGAAGUAAUUAACAAUAGCGGAUUCGAUGGUGUUAAACAAGGAAACAACAGAAAUUUUCAGACAGUGGUAGAGCACAAUAGCCAGUCUCCUUUCUUCGACUAUUUCAAUCCUCCUCCUCCUCAAGUGAUAGACUUAAAGUCAACUCUUGAUGGUAGUAGUGAAAUGCCAAGGCUUAUUGCUGAUGAGAUCUUAACUAGUCAAGAUAGUUUUGGAAGGUGGAAUUAUGUGAAUAAUGAAUCACUUCAGUCAUUGGAUAGUGUGCAGUUUGAUGCCUCUAUUGCAGGUGGUGAUAAAUCAGAUGCAUUUCAGCCAAUGGAUCAGUUCUGUAUGCAAGUGCCAAUUUUCAAUAUUGUGGACGUUUCACCUCAGUGGGCUUAUUCCAGUGCCGAAACCAAGGUUUUGGUGGUUGGACAUUUUAACGAACCAUACAAACAUUUAAGCGGAUCCAAGGUAUUUUGUGUCUUCGGUGAAACAUCUAUUGCUGCAGAAAUGGUUCAAAAUGGUGUUUACCGUUGUACAACCUCCUCAGCCGUUCCUGGCUUAGUGAAAUUCUUUUUGACUUUGGAUGGUCGCACGCCUAUUAGCCAGAUCCUUGGUUUUGAGCAUCGCCCUCUUCCAAGUCUUCAAUCGAGUGGUGUGUUGAAUUCCAUGGAAAAAGACAGUGACAAAUCAAACAAGUCAUUAAGUCAGGUGCAAAUAAGGCUUUGUCAUCUGCUUUUCUCAACAUCCAACAACAUUUCUAUUUUAUCCAACAAGAUUCAACCGAAGUCCUUGAAGGAAGCAAAAAAAUAUGACUUGCUCUCCUCUCCUUUACUGGAAAACGAUUGGUUGAGCCUGCUAAAAUUAAGAGAAGAUAAUGAAAUUUCAGAUGAUCAGGAUUUGUUUGAGCUAUUUCUGAAAAACAAGUUACACGAAUGGUUAUUGCUUAAACUAGCUGAAGGAUGCAAGAUAACUCCUCUUGACAGUCAGGGUCAAGGAGCCAUUCAUCUGUGUGCCAUUUUGGAUUAUGCAUGGGCUGUUCGUUUAUUCUCAUUGUCAGGAUUUUCCUUAGAUUUUCGAGAUGCUUCUGGCUGGACAGCCCUACACUGGGCUGCCUCUUAUGGGAGGGAGAAAACGGUUGCUGCUCUUUUAACUGCUGGGGCAAAUGCAAGCUUGGUUACAGAUCCCACUCCAGCAAAUCCUGGAGGAUGCACUGCUGCUGAUUUAGCAUCAAAAGAGGGCUAUGAAGGCUUGGCUGCAUAUCUUGCAGAGAAGGCAUUAACAGCACAUGUUCUGGCUAUGUCACGAUCAGGGAACAUAACUGCAUCUCCGCCACCAACUUCGCACAAUGUACUUAACUCUGAUUAUUCUGAAAACCUUAGUGAACAGGAGUUAUGCUUGAAAGAAUCAUUAGCAGCAUAUCGCAAUGCUGCUGAUGCAGCAGAUCGUAUACAAGCAGCAUUCAGGGAACGUUCUCUAAAGCAGCAAACAAAAGCAGUCCAGCUGGCAAACCCUGUUUUGGAUGCUGCCCAGAUAGUUGCUGCUCUUAAGAUUCAGCAUGCAUUUCGGAAUUAUAGCAGGCGAAGGUUGAUGAAAGCUGCUGCACAUAUACAAAGCUAUUUCCGCACUUGGCAAGCGCGCAAGAAUUUCCUCAACAUGCGUAGGCAAGCAAUCAAAAUCCAAGCUGUAUUCCGAGGCCACCAAGUGAGGAGACAGUAUAGCAAAAUUAUCUGGUCAGUUGGAGUGCUUGAGAAAGCGGUUCUUCGAUGGCGCUUGAAGAGGAAAGGUUUGCGUGGUAUCCAGACUGAAAGUCCACAGGCAAUGAAAGUGGAUAAGGAACAAGAAGAGGAUGUCGCAGAGGAGGAUUUCUUCCGAGCUGGUCGAGAACAAGCUGAGGAGAGAGUCAAAAGUUCUGUUGUAAAAGUGCAAUCAAUAUUUUGCAAGAGAAUAUAUGACUUCAAAGGGCCUGAUGGUUAUUGCUCAAAUAUCGGGAACUGCAUAACAUUGGAGGAUUAUAAGAUUAUGGGGCUUAAAUCUCAUGAUUAUCAUGUCCUAAUGCAGCAAUUGUUGGCUAUUGCUAUAAGAGGAUUGUUACCGAAAGAGCCUAGAAAAGCGAUACUUCGAUUAUCUAGAUUUUUCAAUAGAUUAUGCCAGCGUGCUAUUGAUAGAGAAAAGUUGCUGGACCUUGAGAAUGAGAUCAUUGAAACUUUGUGUCAACUGGAACGCUUUUUCCCGCCGUCAUUUUUUGAUAUCAUGGAAAAAGAAGUUCGCAAUGAAGAAUUUGAAAAUGAUGUCAUUUUUGAAGGUCGUCCUAUAUCUAAGACUACUUCAAUCACACUUACCGAUAAAGAGAAAGAUAUUGCACAUCGUUCAGUAUUACUGAACACAGCAAUAAUGGAUCCAUUUUUAGAUAUGCAUUUGGAGGAGUUGCAAGCAAAAUAUAAACAACUUGAAAAAAAUCAGACCUUACUUUGGAAGCGGCAUACUGAGAAAAUUGCAGAAUGGACAAAAAAUAAGGUUAUUUAA